UCCAACCUCGACCCCAAAAACCUCAGUCUUCAAAUCCUCUCUCUCUCUCUAAGCUUUCUUUACUUAAUGUCUCUCCACGUUUUUGGUUCUCACAAUUCCUGAAAAUCCCAUUUCUGCAAGUUUCUGGGUUCUGGUUGAGUUCUCCGUUCUGGGUUGUUUUCAGUUUCUGAUUCAGAAAAAAAGAAAAAAAAAACUGAGUUUUUUUUGGGUUUAAUCAUGGUGACUAGGUGGAUUAUUUGGUUUAUGGGUUGUCUGUUCUUGUGUUGUUCUGGGUUUGUGGUGUCGGGUGGGAUUCACAAUCUCAUGAAUGCCACUUCUUCCGGGAUUGAACUGCCGGAACAUCCCAGUUUCAACGCCGUUUCUUCGUCGUCAAGCUCUGGCUGCAGCUUUGGGGCGGCGAAAAAGUCAACCGCUACUGUUUCUCUGGUAUCUCAGGAGGUUGAUUCUAAUGGCGAUGGAGAAAGAGAGCCGGUGAAGUUUCAUCUGAAGCACAGAUCAGACGGGCGUGAGAAAAUGGGGAAGAAAGACGCAGUCUUUGAGUCAACCACCAGGGAUUUAUCCAGGAUUCAAACCUUGCAUACCAGGAUCACCCAGAAGAAGAAUCAGAACACCAUUUCCCGCCUCAAGAAAGACAAGAAAUUUCCGGCGGUGGCGCCGCCGGCGCCACCGCCGGAAACUUCCAUCUCCGGGCAGCUGAUGGCGACGAUUGGGUCAGGGGUGAGCCUGGGCUCAGGGGAGUAUUUCAUGGAUGUCUUUGUGGGUACACCUCCUAAACACUACUCUCUGAUUCUUGAUACUGGUAGUGAUCUUAACUGGAUUCAAUGUCUCCCUUGUUAUGAUUGCUUUGAACAAAAUGGCCCCCAUUAUGACCCCAAAGAUUCUAGUUCUUUCCGAAACAUAACCUGCCAUGAUCCUAGGUGUAACCUCGUAUCGUCCCCAGACCCCCCACAGCCCUGCAAGUCUGAAUCCCAGACUUGCCCUUAUUACUACUGGUAUGGAGACAGCUCUAACACCACCGGCGAUUUCGCCCUCGAAACCUUCACCGUUAACCUCACAACCCCUGCCGGGAAGCCGGAGUUUAGGCGGGUGGAGAAUGUGAUGUUUGGAUGUGGGCAUUGGAAUAGAGGCCUAUUCCAUGGGGCUGCAGGGUUGUUAGGAUUAGGGAGAGGCCCUCUUUCCUUUGCCUCUCAGCUUCAGUCUUUAUAUGGCCAUUCAUUCUCAUACUGUUUGGUUGAUAGGAAUAGCAAUUCCAGUGUUAGUAGUAAGCUGAUCUUUGGUGAGGAUAAGGCCCUCUUGACCCAUCCCCAAUUGAACUUCACUGGGCUAAUUUCUGGGAAACAAAACCAGGUUGAAACAUUCUAUUAUGUCCAGAUCAAAUCUAUCCUGGUUGGGGGACAAGCCCUUAAUAUCCCCGAGGAUACAUGGAAUUUGUCCCCGGAAGGGGCCGGGGGAACCAUUGUUGAUUCGGGAACCACUCUCAGUUACUUUGCAGAUCCCGCUUACAAGAUCAUAAAACAAGCAUUCGCCACUCAGGUGAAACGCUACCCGGUUGUCCAGGAUUUCCCUAUCCUCGACCCGUGUUACAACGUUUCCACCUCUCGAGGCGGGCUCGAGGAACUGGAAUUGCCCUCAUUCGGGAUCCUGUUUGGGGAUGGUGCCGUCUGGAACUUCCCCAUCGAGAACUACUUCAUCGAGAUCGAACCUAAAGAGCUCGUUUGCUUGGCGAUCCUCGGGACUCCUCGCUCCGCCCUCUCCAUAAUUGGCAACUAUCAGCAGCAGAACUUCCAUAUCUUAUAUGACACCAAACAGUCCAGACUGGGGUUUGCACCAACCAAAUGUGCUGAUGCCUAAUAUUUUUGCAUAAUACAUACAUACAUACAUAUAUAUAUUUUUUGACAGAAGAAGGUGGUGGUAAAAAUUAAGCUGUAAAAAUUGGAUGUGGGCACACCUGGAUAGCUUUCAUUCUUUAAUUUCCCAGAAAUCUAUAACUGCUGUAGAUACAAAAUACUCUCAGAAUCUUCAUUUGUUCUUCCCUUUUUGUUUGUAGUUUCUCAUCAUCAUUAUACAUUGUUUAACAUCCUAUGUACAAGGUUGACUGCAGUUUGCAGAAGAUCAGAACAGAUGCUUUUUUGUUUUUGUUUCAGAACUGCAAAUCUUGUUGUUUCUUCUGUAAAGGAUAUCAAAUCUCCAAUAAAAGUACUCAUUUUUCUAUUUA